GGAAACAAAGACAUGAAGCACAUCCGUUCAACAGACCAACUGGUCACCAAUUAAAAGAAUCUGAGAAGACCAGUCAACUGCAGCGAGGAAUAAGGAACUGCAGGGGGAAAGGAAGACAGAAAAUGACUUCUUCAAUUCAGAACAGUACAUUCUGCACAGACAAAGAGGGCAACAAAAAGGAAGUAAGGAAUAACAAUGAACAACCAGUAGGAACAGAUGGAGACACCAAUGCAAAUGAAAUAACAUCCCAGACUUACAUAACAGAAGAAAAAGAAAAGAAACAUAACCUAACAGCUGGUAUUCUGAAUGAGCAUCUACACUUGCCACAGAACGUAAUGCUGCCAAAUGAAGCUCUGGAUGACCCUGUGAAGCAAGAUGGGGAGUCUCGAUCAGCUGAAGUCGGAAAUCAGUCACACAGAAGCAGAAAUCUGGAGUUUUCAGUGCUCCAUAAAAUUGAUAAAAUUGAAACUGUAGAACUGGAAAAAACUGAAUAUACCCAGCACCAUGAAAAAGCUUGCAGUUUGCAAUGUCCUGACAAGCAAAAUCAGAAAUUUGGCACAGGUAAAAUUGUUAAUGUUCCUCAAAUUCAAAAGGAAUGGUAUUCCCUUAAGAGGCAUACUUAUGUUGCUGAAGCUGCCAAGGAGCAUCAAUGGCCAAGAAUAGAUGCGACAGAUGAAAAUGAAAAAAUGCAUUUCAUACAAUUAUCGUGCAAGGACUCUUCAUCUUCCAAUUCAUUGGAGAAAGUUAAUAAAAAGGAUAUAUCAGUAGAGAUUGGUGAAUCCAGAGAAGAUGGUACUGGGUGUUGUACUGGACCAUUGAAUUUUCAGGAAUUCUGCAUGGAUGCCACUGGUAGCACUCAUAAUUCACAGAGGGCAUCAGAAGAUCUGAUUAAAGCCAUCUCCCCAUCUGAUCCAUCUGACUGCACCUCAGUUGAAACGAUCGUAUUUCAUUCUAACUCAUCUACCUCAGAAAUCAAGGAAUCAGCCCCAGAACUGCAAACGAAGAUAGAAAGGCCGCUUGACCUUGUCAAUGUAAGCACAUCACAUUGUGAAAAUGUAAUAUAUAGCCUAGGUCCAGGUGGUGAACUACUGGUUGCCAUUAAUAAACCAGAAGCCCAGGUAAACCUGGAUGCAUUACCUAAUCAAUGUGGGGUAAUUGAUGCACAUAAUCGGCCCUCUACAAACGACCAGCAGGAGACUGGUGAAUUUUUGUCUGAGCUAACAAGAGUUCAGAGCAGAAGAAAUAUUUUUGGAGUAAAGGAGGAAAUAGAGCCUUGUAAUAUUAGCCAACAAUCAUCCACCAGGCUUCCUGAAGACAUAGCUAAAACGGUACAGCAUCUGCCAGAUAGCACAAAAGAACAACAUCUUAAAAAUCUCAAUGUUGAAGACCAAUUCUUAGACCGCCAAGUGGAAAAUUAUGCUGGCGAUAGUCCAGUAUCUGAAAACAAUUCUUCACUUUUAAUGAGGCAGUGUUGUAAAAAUAAAACCUUCAGUCUGAUACAUACUGAAUUUGGUACCCAACAUUCUAUAGAAACAGCUGAACUUCUUGGAAGCUCUUUUUCAAAUGCUACUAAUAAUGUGGCCAAUGUGAAAUCUACUAUUUCUAGAGUUCCAAACACUACCCAGGAGGCAGUUAACUACACUGAAAGUGAUAAAGUGCCAUGUACAAGAGCUGAUGAACUUUCUAAGCAGGAAUGUGAUGGCCUUCAUGAUGUCUUUGAAAUCACUGGGGGCAGAAAAGGAGAUGCAAGGCAAUCUUUAGUGAGUGACAGUAGUUCAUUAGAACAUGAAGCAGUUCAAGCGAAAAGCAUUUCUAAAACGGCAGAGAAGGAAGGUGCUGAAGCACUUAGCAUCCCACAUUCAGAACUUUUGAAGCAACAUCUUUCAAAGCAAGAUGCAAAUACAGGCAAGGAUGUAUUGCAAGGACCAAGAGUUAGUCUUGGUCAGUAUGUUGAUGAAAGUCCUGUCGAAAAGGAAGCAAGUGAAAUAAACAGUAAUGUGAUGAUAAUUGGAGAAAAACAACUCACGAGGGUUUCUGAAAAGCUUCAGCACUCUGAGAACCUGCUGGUCUCACAGACUGUAAAUCCUGCAUUUAUUGCUUGUACAGAGGUUGACAUGAAGGUUACCAAUCAGUCCUCAGAUUCUGCUUUUAAGGAAACCUCGCUGCUUCGUGCUGGAAUACUGUCAGAAUCUUUGCUACUACCUCCAUUAGGGGAUAUGCAGACAUCAAACUCAUUCUUUAAAGCUUCUGAUAAAGCUGUUUGUAACAGUGGAAUCCCAAAACCAAUCCUGCAACAUCCCAAGACUGUUCUAACAGACAAAGGAGAAACAGAAACAAAUUACCAGUCCAAGCCUGAAGGAAAGGCUGAAGCUAAACUCAUUCCUAAAACCAAGUAUGUAAGGCCUAAGAUUAUAACAUACAUUCGAAAACCACUUCAGGUAAAGCCACUCGAUGCUAUACAUGAUGCCUUAGGAUUAUCUCCAAAACUUUCAACAUGGACCGAGUCCAUUUCUAAACCCUGCAUUUCAAAAGAGUACAAGAGUGCUACAUGUGAAAAUAAACCCCUCUCUGUGCUCAGUGUUCCUGGUUCCAUUCAUGACAGAUACAGACCAGAGUUGCCAAGAACUAAGAUAUAUACGACUGGACUGAUGGUAUCUGGAAUCAAACCUCCUGCUCAGCAGACUUUUCCUAGGAUGAUGGGAAAACCAUUCCCUCCUUCCAGUGAUGUCACGUCAAAGAAAGCUACUGACAUGUUUACACAGGAGAGCAUUCCUAAGACAGAAACCCUUGCUCCUGGUCGAAUUGGCUCUGAGCAGAAUGUGGCUUCAGUUCCUGAAGAGAGCUCGAGUCCUGCACCAUAUACAGCUGUUUCUAGAUUACCUAAGACUCUCAGGCCACCAUUAGGUCUAGGUGCUAUCUCGAGGCUUCCUGCGGCAAAAAGUAGACUUGCCUUCCAGAGCCAAAGAACAUCGAUAAAUUCCACUGCACUUCAAAUUCAAGGGCAAGUUGGCCAGGAAAUUGCAGUUGUCACUGUGCCUUCUCUCCUGAAGGAUUUGGCUCUUUAUUGGGUGGAACAGAAGAAAAAUACAAUCCCAAUUGUCCAAAGAUCAAAUCUACCCAAGCCUGGGCACUCUGGACUCCGUCCUCCUGGUUACUCUCGAUUACCAGCAGCUAAACUCAUGGCUUUUGGAUUUGUCAGGAGUUCAAGUGUGUCAUCAGUCUCCAGCAAUCAAUCGAAUGACAGCGUUCAUAGUGACCACAGCAAAGCUGCGAAUCGCUCCAACAGUGGAAGUGAUGAGAAGAUCAGUUUAAAGGCAGGAGCCUCAGUUAAUGAUGUUUCCAAAAGAGCUGGUAAGAUUGGACUACAGCCUCCGAGCAGUACAGCAACAAAUUGCUGGAGUCUGCUUCCCACACCUAAAUCCACCGUGGCUGGCACAAUGAAGAAAGAAGUACAAAAAGAUCAUGAUAUUUCAAAACCUGUAACUUCAUCACCCAAAAGACAUGUCACACCUGCAAGCAAACUUCACUCACCAGGGCUGAGCAAGCUAAGGAGUGCUGCAGGUGUAGCGAGAAAUGGAUUUUCAGCAAAGCCUGACCUCCAGUCUCGAGAGACUGAGCGCCAAACUGUCCAGAGACUCAAGGACAAGUGUAAGAAGCAGGCCAAACAGCUACAAUCUCUCCACGAACACUUAAAAAGAGCAAGCCUUAGCAUUGAGGUUCUUGCUGUGACAACACAACAUUUCCAUCAUAAAAAUGAAAGCGUCCUUAUCAAAGAGAAAGAACUCUCCAUUGAGCUUGCUCAUAUCAGGGAGGAAGUAGCCCUUAAUACAACACGAUGUGAAAAGCUGCAAAAGGAGAAGGAGGAGCUGGAGAGGAGAUUUGAGAUUGAGGUACAGAGGCUCCAUCUGCAACAACAAGAGGAGAUUCAGGCCCUUGAAGAAAGGCUGAAGGCUCAUUAUACUGCAGAAAAAGAGCGUCUCAUACAGGAACAUAGGGAACACCUCAAGAAAAUUGAUUCUGAGCACAAGGAUCAGCUGGAAGAAAUGUCAACUGCCCAUACCAGUACAAUCACAGAAGUGGAGAACAAUCACACUGUUACAAUAACUAUUCUGCAAGAUGAGCAUGAAAAGAAACUUGAAGAGCUAAAAGCCAUCCAUGAAUUUGAGAGGAUGACAUUAGAAGACAAUUUUGAAAAACUAAGACUUUCUCUUCAGGAUCAAGUUGACACGUUAACCUUUCAGAAUCGCUCACUGAAGGACAAAGCAAAACGAUUUGAAGAAGCAUUAAGGAGGAGUACAGAUGAGCAACUUGAGAUUGCCUUGGCACCAUACCAGCAUCUGGAGGAAGAUAUGAACAGUUUAAAACACGUUCUUGAAAUGAAAAAUCAACAAAUCCAUCACCAAGAAAAGAAAAUUAUGGACCUGGAAAAACUGGCUGAGAAGAAUGUGGUAUUAGAAGAAAAAGUUCAAGUGCUUCAACAACAGAAUGAGGACCUGAAAGCCAGGAUCGACAACAAUGUUGCCUUAACAAGACAACUUUCUGAGGAAAAUGCAACACUGCAUGAAUAUGUCGAAAAGGAAAGCAAGGAAAAGAAAAGGCUCAGCAGAACAAACGAGGAGCUGGUCUGGAGACUCCAGACUGGAGAACCUGUUAGCCCAGUCAAAAUAUCAUCAUCAUCUUCAAACUUCCAGUCUUCUCAGGGCACACUCGUUCCAUCAGCAGUGAGUGCGAACCCAAGAUGAUGAAAAGGCAUCAGAAUGAAAACAUGUGGUCCAUCUUAAUGUUACUCGUUAUCUAUAAAGCUCAGCUCUAACUGCUGAAUAUUACGCUUGGUUUUGCUCGAAGAGGAGUCACCAUUUGUAAAUGGUACACAUUUACAGAAGUUGCUUUGAGCAUGCUUAUUGGCAUACAGCAAUAAGCAAGAGGAUUUGCUUUUAAAUCCCCAGUAAGCCUUGCUAUUGAAGUCACUGACUAAUGCAUUUUCAAUGCAUUAUUUCUUAUAAAGAUGUACCUUGUACAGUUUGAUGUCAGGAAACUCUUCAGCAACUGUAUCAAGGUUUACCAUUACCUACUAUUGACCAGGUAUGCAAAAAUCAAGGAGGGAGAUUUUCCUUGACUAGAUAGGCUUUUAAAAUGUUUGAACCAUGCCCAAAUGUAUCUUUUUGGGUUUACUCUGGUAACAGUUUGAAGACAAUACUUUUAAGUGAGUUCAGGAUUUUGCUUUUUGCUGUUAGUAUUGGACGAAAGUGCAAAAUUAUAUAUUUUUACACAAUUGUUGAAGUAUCUUAGCCUGGUGCCUCUGAGUAAACAGAGUGUGGUAAUCACUCCCUCAAGUAAAUCUCCCCAUCACAAAAUCAUUGAAUUGAGGGGUGAAAAAUGCAGUUUAAUAUCACUAGGUGGUGCUACAGAUCACUGAAGUGCACUGCAGCAGCUUGUGAUGGAACAAUAUUACUGCCCUUGACACAGCAGCUUUUAAGCUACACUCCAAAGCUGCCUUUUUGAAAUGUGUUUGUAGUUUAUUAGGCCACAAAAAAAAGUUAUUCUGUAGCAGAAGGUCUGUAUUAAGUAACCUGGGAUCUAUUACUGCUGUCAGUGUUUUCCCACUCCACCCAAACAAUGGUUAAGGAAGAGAACGCACUGCUGGUUGCACAGCUCCAACUUGCACCACAUGCAGUGAUUGUAAAUAAUUACAAACUGAGCAGAUAUUGAAAGAAAACUUAUCAGUAUUCACAUGCAGGCACCCUACCUACAGAACAUAAUAAAUGCUGGAAACUUAAUAAAUAGAUUGCCAAGAGACUGUUCUUCCUCAAAGGAUCACCAAGGUCAGAAAAUCAAAACCAGUGCUGCACUCUGAAAUUUGCAGAGCUUGUUUGUUCAGGUCGUACUGCAUGCCCGAAUCUAGGUAAGCCUGCUACCUGUGUGAAAUGAGAAGUUCUAUCUUUUGGUUAUAUUUUAACAAAAUGUCAGAAUAUUUCUAAAGGUCCAGAAAGCAUCAGAAACAUUCAGGAUAACAGCUGGACCUAAACUAGAAUGAAUUUGGUUAAUGCUGUUAACAGUUGCAGAUGUAGAUGCGGAAAUGAUAGUGAUAAUAUCUGAAUACCAGCCACAGGGCCUGGAGAACAGCUGAAGUUCAAUCUUUACUAAGCUUGCAUACCAAAAUCUUAAAAGAGCAGAAUAUAGUCACAUUACUAAGUAGGAGAUUGUGACAGAUUAGAAUGAAGGGAAUACAUUUUAUUUACUCAAAAUUUACAUUUUACAGAAUGAUGAAAUAGUGUAGGCAUUCAGUGCCUUCUUGAAAAGAGUUUGGGUAAUUCCUGUCCCGUUCUACAAGUCAGGAAACUAUACCUCAAAGACAUACGUAAUUUGACUUAGAAGAUGAAGAAAGAAAUGCAUUCAUAUAAGACACCUCUUCACUUUUUUCAGAAAUUUUCCCAAGUGUUUCACAAUGAAUUAUUGUUGAAGUUAGUCACUCUUGUUAUACAAACUGGCAGCUUUAUUAUUACCUUAAUUUAUUCUGCUCAUGUAUAAAAUGGUAUUGCAACAUUUUGCCAAAUUCAAAACCAAAUUGGGACAACAUAAGGACAGGAAGAGACCAGGAGGACAGAUGAUGGCUGGAGUUCUGAUAUUUUCUUUGUCAGUUAUGGACAAUUAUUGAAAACCUUAAAUUUGGGGUCUUAGGCAACUGUAAAUUCAGAUGCAUGAAGUCAUUUAUUUUUUCACAUUUAUUAAAUUAAUGACCAAACCAAUGUCUUUCUGUUAUUCUUAAAUCUAGAAAUCUGAUGAGAAAUGUGGCUCCCUUUUCAUUCAGUUGAAAUCGAUAUAUUGGAUGCAGUCUUACCUGAAUUCACCCAGAGACUUUGCUGGUGUCUUUCAUUGGUGCUACAAUGGGUGAUUGUCACACUUAGAGCUGAAUUUUGUAGGGGCAACAGGGGUCCAAAUAAUGGGUUGGAAAGCCAGGGCAACCCCACCUUGGCCAUUUGGGGGGGCCCUGGCCUCAUAUUAGGCCCUUCCGGCAGCUAGUUAGCUGCUGUCAGGGCUUCCAUUCCUUUAAAAAAUGGGAACCAAUCAGAGGGCUGACAACUCUUCAAUCUCAGCAGCCACUGUUGGCUGUGCACCCAUUCGAGAGGACACAGCGAUUGACGCCAUCCUCAGAACAAGGUGAGUGGAGUCAAUCAGGCAGCCCCAG